CAAUUGACAAAUAUCGGUUUCACGAUAUCGUAUAAUAUUGAGUCGAUCGAAUUUUAACCGAAUUCCCGCGCUCAGCGUACACGCGCGACACCACCACGGCCGCGGCACAGCGACACAUCCGCGAUCCACUGCAUCGGUGCGACGGCCGUGGUUGUGGCAGCUCUGUAAAAGUACGGCAUGAAAAUGUGUCGUAUCACGGUAGUUUCGCUCCAUUACUAAGUUUCCGACAGCCAAAUAACCGUUGUCCGUUCGCACAAUCGACACAAUUGUACUUUGCACCGCUCGUCCGACGUCCAUCAACGCCGUUCGGCAUUCGCGAUUCGCCAAUCACCGUACUCUGCACGCACGCCGUCAAAGGUAACUUUUGUUCGCAGUUGUCGUCGUUGUGAGCAGUUUUUCAGCCAGCCACGCCGUGUGUAAUUAUUGCAGACCAUCUCCCUGACAUCCGAGUCCCGCGUGUUCGUGGUGAAUCAACUACGGUCACCGCCGAUAUCUGCCGCCACUUUAAAAGUGCCUAUCACAGUUCAACGCGCACUGCACUCCGUUGAUCAUCCCGAUCACUACAUCACCAGAAAUCACCAUGGCUCCAAGGAGGAAAGUCGCUCAGAAGCCGGCCAAACCGUCCAUUGACGAUAUGCCACCAGUCAUUGAUGAUAUGUCUCACAUCACUAUCAGGCGGCCCGUUACAAAAGAUAACAUGGUUGAGGAUAAUGUGGUUGAAGAUAAUGUGGUUCAAAUGGAUGAAAAAGAUAUUAUAUUACCUGUCUUAGAAGAUAAUAAAAAUAUGAAUGUUACAGUUGUUUUAGAAGAAAUCCCUGAUUUUAAACCUAAAGUAUCAGAUUUAGAAUCUGAAUUAGAUCUAGCUAUAGAUGAAGCAGAAUCGAUCAAAAAACCUGUUCAAAAGAAGGUUACCAAAACAAAACUUAAGUCCAAAAAGCCAACAGUUGAAGAUACCAAAGUUGUAAGAACUAGAAAAAGGGCUGCUAGCGAAGAUAGGCAAGUGUUGAAAGUCGAAGAAAAAGUAGUUAGCAAAAGUCGAAAAAGACCGGUUGAUAAAAAUUUACCAGAGUCUCUUAAACCAGUUUCUCCUUUAAACGAACUACCAAAAAGGAAUAGAAGAGCCGCUAGUGUGGAUAUACUGACGUCUGAAACCUCAAGUUUUCCUUCAGAUAAAGUACCCAAAAAAAAGGUAAAUGGUAAAUCAUCUAAAGCUGCCAUUGCUGUAACUGAAGAUGAAGCACUAAAAAAACAAAAAAAAGGAACAAAGAAAGAAGAUCAACCUAAAAUAAUGGAAAUGAAAGAUGAUGAAACAAAAAUUGUAGAAAAGAAUUCCAAGGGGAAAAAAAAUACAAAAAAAGUAUCAAACGAAGAAAAGGAAAAUGUUGUAACAACAGAUCAAAAUGAUGUUGAAGCAGCCUUAAAUAACAUUGAAGAAAAACCAAAAUCUAAACGAGGCACUAAAAAGGAACCUGUUGAAGAUGAAGAUGAAGAAAACCAGGAAGAAAAGGUGUCUAAACCUUCCAGUAGAAGCCGAGCUCCAAAAGUUAUGAUUAAACAAAACAGUGAAAAAGAUUUAGAAAAAAAACCGAAAACUGUUCCUAAAACCAAAAAAAAUAUGAAGUCAUCUGAAGUAUCUGAAGAGUCUAGUGAAAAAAACGAGACUGAUGAUUCCAAUAAAUCUCCAGAAAUAAAACCAAAACGUGAGCGCAAAUUCAAACAGGUUGAUCUUGAUGAAAAAGAUAACAACUUCAAAGAAACUAAAGCACCAAAACGCGGUGGUCGUAAGGCAAAAGUUGAAGACGUAGAUGAAGAAGAAGUACAACAGAAGAGCUCAACUGCAGAAGAUGAGAAAAACCAAGAAUCUGGAGACUUGGCCGAUGAUAUUCCAAACACCCCUGUGUCUGAAAAAGAAGAAGUCAAACCAAUAGCAGCAAAGCGUAAAACAAAAGCAAAGUCUAGGAAAUAAUUACUUAUUACAUAGAAACUAUUUACAAAGUGUUCAUUAGAUAUUAAAGGUUUUUAUUUUUUUUUUUUUUUAAAGAAUACAUUUAUUAAUAUUAUUUAAUAACAAAUGUUUACAUUUGAGUAUAAGAUUUCAUAACAUGUUUAUUAUUUACAAGUUAGUUUUAUUUUAAUAUAUUUUCUCAUCAUUUUGACCUUAA